UAAGGAAAAGGUAACCCCAUUUCUGUUUGUUAAACUUCAAUGUGUUGAUGAUCUAUUCUGCCAUCACUUCGGCUUUCAGCAGUUCUUACGCCUACACUUGCUAAUCGUUGCAACAGGUUCACAAGGUUCCAGCAACAGACAUGGAGGCCCUCAAAUUUCCAUUGAUGGGCUUAUUUGAAAAGCGUUGUGCUCGUAAGUUCUUCAUCUAUGUCCAAAAUUAUGUAGAAAAUGAUCCCAAGACACAUGAAGGGCUGGACCUUACAAGAGUGACGACUAGAGAACUUGUUGCGCUGGCAAGGACAUUCAUGCUGUUGAGAGAAAUUCAGGCAGAAUGUCAGGAAGAAAAACACUCUAUUAUUCUUGUGGCGUACGGUGAGUCAUGUCCUUUUCUUCCAUUUUCUGAAGCUGUUAUAGCUUUUGAGUUUACUACAACUAGAUAGUUUUUAAUUAGUGAUAGCCACUUUCCCUUAAGAUCAAG